CGCAGGCACCAUGUGGAUCCGGGUUCGAACCAUGGACGGGAAGGAGACCCGUACCGUGUACUCGCUGUCCAGGCUCACCAAGGUGGAACAGCUGAGGAGGAAGGUUCAGGUGUUGUUCAACGUGGAGCCAGGCCUGCAGCGACUCUUCUACAGGGGCAAGCAGAUGGAGGACGGCCACACGCUCUUCGACUACGACGUGCGCCUCAACGACAUCAUCCAGCUGCUAGUGCGCCAGAGCCUCGUGUUGCCCCCUGCUGGCGGUGGCCGGGAGCGGGAGUCCGAGCUCUCGGAUUCAGACUCGGGGUGCUGUCUGGGACAGGGCGAGUCGGACAAAGCGUCCAACAGCAGUGAGGCGGACAACAAGGCCGGCCUGGCUGACGAGGAGGCCUGGGACGAGACGGAGUUGGGCCUGUACAAGGUGAAUGAGUACAUAGAUGCACGGGACACCAACAUGGGUGCCUGGUUCGAGGCCCAGGUGGUGCGGGUGACCAAGAAGGCCCCAUCGGCGGCUGAGCCCUGCAGCUCCAUGGCCAUCCCGGAGGAGGAGGAUGAGGAUGAGAUCGUCUACCAUGUUAAAUAUGACGACUACCCUGAGAACGGUGUGGUGCAGAUGAGCGCCCGGGACGUGCGCGCCCGCGCCAGGAACAUCCUCCCGUGGCAGGAGCUGGAGGCGGGCCAGACAGUCAUGCUCAACUACAACCCCGACAAUCCCAAGGAGCGUGGCUUCUGGUACGACGCAAAGAUCCUGCGCAAGCGGGAGACACGGACGCAGCGCGAGCUCUUCGCCAACGUCCUGAUCGGGAGUGGGUGCCUCAAUGACUGCCGGAUCAUCUUCGUGGAUGAAGUGUUCAAGAUCGAACGCCCAGGGGAGGGGAGCCCCAUGGUGGAGAACCCCUUGAGACGAAAGAGUGGACCAUCCUGCAAACAAUGCAAGGACGACCCCAGCAAGUUGUGCCGCGCCUGUGCCUGCCACCUGUGCGGGGGCAAGCAGGACCCCGACAAGCAGCUCAUGUGCGACGAGUGCGACAUGGCCUUCCACCUCUACUGUCUGUCCCCGCCCCUCACCAGCGUCCCGCCCGAGGAGGAGUGGUACUGCCCGGAGUGCCGCAAUGAUGCCAGUGAGGUGGUGCUGGCUGGGGAAAAAUUGAAAGAAAGUAAAAAGAAAGCUAAGAUGGCCUCCGCCACGUCCUCGUCUGGUCGCGAUUGGGGCAAGGGUAUGGCCUGCGUGGGCCGAACCAAGGAAUGCACCAUCGUCCCCUCCAACCACUACGGGCCCAUCCCAGGCAUCCCUGUGGGUACCAUGUGGAAGUUCAGAGUGCAGGUGAGCGAGUCGGGGGUCCAUCGGCCGCACGUGGCAGGCAUCCACGGUCGCAGCAACGACGGUGCCUACUCCUUGGUCCUGGCCGGGGGUUAUGAGGAUGACGUGGACCAUGGCAACUUUUUUACAUACACGGGCAGUGGUGGCCGGGACCUCUCCGGCAACAAGCGGACGGCCGAGCAGUCCUGUGACCAGAAGCUCACUAACACUAACAGGGCGCUGGCUCUGAACUGCUCUGCCCCCAUCAAUGACCGCAAAGGGGCAGAGGCUAAGGACUGGCGGUCAGGCAAGCCUGUGCGGGUGGUCCGCAGUGUCAAAGGCGGCAAACACAGCAAGUACGCACCACCAGAGGGGAACCGCUAUGAUGGCAUCUACAAGGUGGUUAGGUACUGGCCUGAGAAAGGGAAGUCUGGGUUCUUAGUGUGGCGCUAUCUGCUGCGGCGAGAUGACGAGGAGCCGGGUCCCUGGACCAAGGAAGGGAAGGAACGGACCAAGAAGCUGGGGCUGACCAUGCAGUACCCUGCUGGUUAUCUGGAGGCACUGGCUGGGAAGCAGAAACACAGUAAGGGAACGGAGGAAGAGGAGCAGGAGGACAUGGAAGUGAGCAGCUCCGUGACUACCAAGAAGGGCAAACGGAAGAGCAAGUCCUCAGGUGGGGAGACCGGACCUUGCGACCCAUCCAGUGGGACCUCCCCAAGGAGCACCCCCAAGAAGUCCAAGGUGGAGCCCCUCCGGCUGACGGCACAGCAGAGCAGUCUCAUCAGGGAGGAUAAAAGCAACGCCAAGCUGUGGACCGAGCUCCAGAAGGCUGGGAAGGACUGUACGUUCCAGUUAUUCCUGAGCAAAGUGGAGGAGACUUUCCUGUGCAUCUGCUGCCAGGAGUUGGUGUUCCAGCCCAUCACCACUGUGUGCCAGCACAACGUCUGUAAGGACUGCCUGGACCGCUCCUUCCGCGCCCAAGUGUUCACCUGCCCAGCCUGCCGCUGCGACCUGGGUCGCUCCUACUCCAUGCAGGUCAACCAGGCGCUGCAGGCCGUGCUCGACCAUCUCUUCCCGGGCUACGGCAGCGGCCGGUGAUCCGCCAGCCCUCGGUGCAGGGGAGGCCUCUA